GGCAGACAAAGCCGCGGCUAAUGAAUGGGAGUGAGUCCGCCUGCGCGGCCGUCGUCCGCAGCCGAGCGGGAGCCGCCCCACGCCCGGCGCCCGCGAUCCCUGUCCGGCGUAGAAUUUGGAGAGUGGCCAGAACUGGGCGGUGGAGGAGCUGUUGCAGCACGAAGAGCAGUGAUGCUGACUAAAUCUGAUUCGCUGGAGAACAGAAGCAGAACCACGGAACGGCUGGUUCCAGAUGCCAUCCAGAUGCACGAUAAUGCAGAAGGAUCACUGUGCCAUCAAGAUGACGGCGAUCCUGUGUCUGAGACAAGCAGGUCCCCGCUGCGUGAACGCGUGUCCACACCGUGGAGUGUUUAAGAGUAGAACUCCUGGAAAGCAGCGGUCCGCACCCUAAUGACACGCUCGCGAGUUCCCUAGUCUGCUCCUCAGUAAGAUUUAUGAUUAGCCGUAUUCAUAAACAUCCCGAAAGAUAGGAGUCUUUUGAAAGAACUGAAGAGAACGUACAUUUGGGGGCACAAAUGAGCAUUUGGAUCAGUUUCCUACCAACCUAGGAGGUCAGCAUCAUGAAGCAGCCAGAAUAGUUAUGGUCGGUCAUGGAGAAUCACCAGGAGACUCAUCCCAAAGGGGAUGGUGAUUUUGUUUCUGAUAAAAUAAAUUUUAAAAUAGAAGAGGAAGAUGAUGAUCCAAUCCCUAAUCACAGUUUGGAAAGAAUGGACUUUAGAAACGAGCAGGAGGGCAGGAAACGGGCUGACAGCGGUGACGGACGGGCAGAGGGCAGAGAGGCGAGCUGCGGCUGCCAGCCCCCCGGGAGGCGCGUCUCCCCUGACCCCGAGGACGACUACGGGGCCCUGUUGUCGCAGUACGGCAGCACCCUGUACAGCGUGGCCAUGGAGGCCGUGACGCAGAGCCUGCUCUCCGGCCGCGGCAUCGGCUCCAGGAAGAAGUCCCCAGCUUGGAAGCAUUUUUUCAUCUCACCCCGGGACAGCACCAAGGCCAUCUGCACGUACUGCAUGAAGGAGUUCAGCAGGGGCAAGAACGAGAAGGACCUGAGCACCAGCUGCCUGAUGCGGCACGUGAGGCGGGCGCACCCCACCGUUCUCGUGGAGGACAACGGCAGCGCGCCGGCCCCGGCCCCCCUCCCGGCCCCCCCGCCGCGGCUCCCGCCACCGCCUGCUGACGCCGGGGACCCGGGCACCGUCCUGUCGCCCGGCAAACUCGUCCCCAGAACGGCCUCCAAGAGCCCGUCUCCCCAUCAGGUAACAGAGGAACCUGGCUCUGCGGUUUCUUCCGAAGAGGCCCCCUCCGAGGUGUCAGUCUCUGAGAGGUACAGCAGGGAUGAAGCCCUGGCGGGGCCGCCCCCCCAGCCCCCCAGCCUCCACUGCGACGAGCCUGCAGAGAACGGGGCUGAGAAGACCCCGCCCCUGCCCAGGAGCGCCUCCGGGUCCAGGAGGAGGUCCGCCGUCUGGAAGCACUUCUACCUGUCGCCCCUGGACAACUCCAAGGCCGUGUGCAUCCACUGCAUGAACGAGUUCAGCCGGGGGAAGAACGGGAAGGACCUGGGCACCAGCUGCCUCAUCAGGCACAUGUGGCGGGCACACCGCUCCAUUGUGCUGCGGGAAAACGGCGGGGGCGCUGGCGUGCCGCCCCCCUACUCCGCGCCCCCAACCCUGCUGCCCACCCCGCCGCCGCCCGACGGAGAGCCCAGCCCCGGGUCCUCGUCUCCGGGGAAGCCGGUCCAGGACUCCGCCUCCGCGCCCUCCUCCCCCGACCGGCUGGCAGAGGACCCGCCAGCGCACUGGAACCCCGGGGACACUCCGGUGGAAGACGCGUGGGUGUUGUCCUCCUCCUCUGACGUGGGCGAGGCCUCGUGGGCGUCGUCUCCCGAGAAGCAGCCGGGCGACGCGCCCAGCCCUCGCCCUCUCGAGUCCGGCGCCGUGUUCCAGCAGAACAAGAAGGUCAUGAGGAGGCUGAAGUCGGAAGUCUGGCAUCACUUCUCGCUGGCCCCCACGGACAGCCUCAAGGCUGUGUGCAGGCACUGUGGCUGCGUCAUCAGCCGGGGAAAGAAGGGUGACGUGGGCACGAGCUGUUUGAUGCGGCAUCUCUACCGGCGCCACCCGGAGGUCGUUGGGAACCAGAAGGGCUUUCUGGGGGCCAGCUUGGCGAAUUCGCCAUACGCCACCUUGGCCUCUGCAGAAACUUCCUCCUCCAGGCUAACUGACCUGCCGACCAUGGUCACAAAACACAAUCAAGCUACGUUUCCCGUCAGCAGCAAAAAGACCUCGAAGUUGUGGCAUCACUUUUCUGUCUGCCCCGCAGACCCCACGAAGGUCGUGUGCUUGCACUGUGGCCGGACGAUGAGCAGGGGCAAGAAGCCGGCGAACCUGGGCACCAGCUGCCUCCUGAGGCACCUGCAGAGGUUCCACGGCGGCGCGCUGAGCCCCGACGCCCCCGGGACGGCGCCACCCUCCCCUCCGGGCGCCCGCGGGCCCCCGAGCUCGGCGUCGGCGGGUGCCUCCUCCUGCGAGGACGUCAACGAGAAGCUUUACGAUUCGCACCCGGUUGCCAAAAAAAUAACAAGUCUCAUUGCUGAAAUGAUCGCACUUGACCUCCAGCCGUACUCGUUGGUGGACAGCGUUGGCUUCAAUAGACUGCUCGGAUACUUGAAACCCCAGUACUCUCUGCCCCCUCCGUCCUACUUCUCCAGGACGGCCAUCCCAGGUAUGUACGACAAUGUGAAACACAUCAUCAUGUCACAUCUCCAGGAAGCCGAGAGUGGCGUGGUCCACUUCACGUCCGGAAUAUGGAUGAGCAGCCAGACCCGGGAGUACCUGACCCUCACCGCCCACUGGGUCACCUUUGAGCCGUCAGCCCGACCGCACUGCGAGGACCACCACUGCUCGGCGCUGCUGGACGUGUCGCAGGUGGACGGCGACUACAGCGGCAGCAGCGUCCAGAAGCAGCUCGAGUGCUGGUGGGAGGCCUGGGUGACGUCGAGCGGCCUGCAGGUGGGGAUCACGGUCACCGACAACGCCAGCCUGGGCAAGACGCUGAACGAGGGGGCUCGCUCGAGCGUGCAGUGCUUCAGCCACACGGUCGGCCUCAUCGUCAGCGAAGCCAUCAAGAGCCAGAGGCUGGUCCAGAACGUACUCAGCACCGCACGGAAAAUAUGCGAGCGGGUCCAGCGGUCGCCGCGGGCGAAAGCAAAGCUGGCGGAGCUGCAGGAGGAGUACGAGCUGCCGCCCCACCGCCUCCUGCAGGACGUGCCCUCCGAGUGGAGCACGUCCUUUCACAUGCUGGAGCGGCUGAUCGAGCAGAAGAGGGCCGUGAACGAGCUGUCCGUCGAGUGUAACUUCCGGGAGCUCAUCAGCUGCGACCAGUGGGAGGUGAUGCAGUCCGUGUGCCACGCCCUGAAGCCCUUCGACGCCGCCCGGCGGGAGAUGAGCGCCCACGUGUCCACACUCAGCCAGGUCAUCCCCAUGAUCCACAUCCUCAGCAGGAGGGUGGAGAUGCUGUUCGAGGAGACCAUGGGCAUCGACACCAUGCUCAAGUCCCUCAGGGAGGCCAUGGUGAGCCGCCUGUCCGCCACCCUCCACGACCCGCGGUACGUGCUGGCCACCCUGCUGGACCCGCGCUACAAAGCCUCCCUCUUCUCCGAGGAGGAGGCCGAGCGGUACAAGCAGGACUUAAUCAGGGAACUCGAGACGCUGAAUUCUACCUCAGAGCCCGCGCCCGCCCCCAGCGGACGUGACCCGGGCUGCCCACCGGGAGACCGUGCCGGGGAGGAGAGCCUGUGGUCGCUCAUGGCCAGGAUGAAGAAGGCCGAGCCCGCGGGCAGGACGAGGGUCCCGGAGGACAUGGUGCUCGCCUACCUGGAGGAGGAGGUGCUGGAGCACGCCUGCGACCCACUCGCCUACUGGAGCCUGAAGAGGGCGGCCUGGCCGGGCCUCUCCGCCUUGGCUGUGCGGUUCCUGGGCUGCCCCCCGAGCAUCGUCCCCUCCGAGAGGCUGUUCAGCACACCCACUGAGAACGGCAGCUUUGGCCACUCCAGGCUCAUGAUGGAACAUUUCGAGAAGCUUAUUUUUCUGAAAGUGAAUCUUCCCUUAAUAUGCUUCCAGUAUUGACGCUCACAGUGGAGCCACCAGACGAGAGACAGCAUCUGUCCCGGGCUGGCGGCUCGCUGCGGUCGGGGCCCUGCGGGACAGCGGGCCGGGCGCUCAGGUCCACAUCCACGGGAGGCUCCCGUCCCGGCCCUCGCCGUCAUGUCCACAUGUGCCUUACCCAGUCCUUCAGGCCAGGUACCACGGUGUGUUUUUUAAGAAGUCCAGUAGAAACAGCCUGUCUUGUCAGCUGUGAAAUACAAUGAUUAGGUUUUUAUUCGUAGCUGUAAAAUUUUUUAAAAGUUGGGGGUUAGAAGUUUGUUUUACUAGAAUGGCAGAGGAGAUACAAGCAGUUUUAUUCUGUAGGCUUUUUAUUCGAUUGUGUAAAAACCACAAAUCAGGUACUGUAUUUUAGUUUUAAAUUGCUUUAAUUGCAACAAAACAGCUUUUGUGGCUGUCAGAUAAAAUCUGUAUAUAGGAGGUGGAGUUCAAGCCAUCCUGACGGAGCAGUUCCUGGCUGCGGGCUCUAAAGUACGUUCAGGGGACGGCGAGGAUUCUGGGAGGCGACUGUUUACACAACAGAGACGUGGCGUUCGAAGACGAGCCUGCACUCACACGUGUGUCACGGAAUGUCAGUCGUGUAGGGUUCAGGGGAGAGAGCACUCUACCGUCUCAGGGGUUUGCCCUCUGUGCCACGUGGGCCGUUAGCUCGGACACGUCCCCGCCGUUCACAGUGAGCGCCGGCGGUGCCUGCUGUGUCGCUGGUGCACAGUGUGACACGUUUACAGCAUCCUGUUGAUGGAAUCUCCAAGCCUCUGACUCAGUGGCUCUACACUAUGAAGCUAUCUUGAAAUUUGUGCACUGACCCCCAAUUUGAUCAAAUUAUGUAUACAGUCCUUUUUAGAAGAGGUGGCUUAUUAACAGGGAAGAAGAUUGCUAUAAUACAGUUGUAAGAAUAGCCUUAGGUGUUUAGAUUUUGUUUUUGACAAUAGGGAAGAUUCAGCCAUCAACGGGAUAUGUUAGAAUCCCAAGGACACCGACACGGAGUAUCAGUCAUCAGGUUUUUUUAACAAUAAUACGUCUUCAAGGUUUUUGCCUCAGUGUCUAGAAAAGGGUUCAUUUUCUUAUUUCAAACCAGGUAAAAUACUGGGCGAAACAAGUCACUGAUUUGCCUGUGACCUUUUAGAAAAGUUGUCGUUUUGUUAAAAUACUGUACCUAUUAAUCUGAAUUUGCAUUGACUAUGUUUUAGUGUAUUUAUAAGUGGUGAACUCAGUUUCUGAAAUUAAACUUUUUAUUUGCAAUUUUCUACUGCUGGAGGACACUGGCUUUUUAUUCUUAGGGUAACAAAACAGUCCUACUCUUGGGGGCCAACAUACACAGAAACCACAUUCAUGCAGCCUGUGGAUCUUCACCUUAGCCCCAGGUGUGGGACCCAGGGGAAGUGGAGGAGUAAUUCUUACAACGGCAUUUCUGAUAGUGGCAGUGAUGCUUGAGAACUUCCCAGGUCUUGUGUUCAGAGCGAGUGCUGUGCAGCCUGUGGUGUUGGAGGGGAAGAGCAGCCACUGUGGACAACAGAAUAGAGGC